GGGGGCUACACCGGAGGGGACCAGAGAGCCCCGCUCAAGGCCCCAUUAUUGGCAGAAGUUUCUGUAGGACCCCUCCCCCCCAACAGGUCAGAGGUUAGAGACACGGGGGCUGCUCACUUGGGGGGAGGACGUGGAGACUCCCCCACUCCCCUGGUGUGGUGUCUGUGAGGUCUGCAGGCAGCAGGCCACACUGCCCAGCGGGCCCUCCUGUGUGUGUGCAGGACGGCCCGAGGGGGGUCUCCUCACCAGGACCCCUCGCGUUGCCUGGUCCCCGGCCUCUGCAUCCUCCCGGCACCUCAGGCCUGGCCCCGGGAAGCGGUGCCCGGGCUGGGGCGGGCCCAGAGGAAGGAGCCCUUGACUCAGAGUUACAGGAAGAGCGGCAGGCGGGGCGGGCGGGGGCAACCCACUGCCCGCCUGCCUGGGGGGGUGGCGCCUGGGUGGGGUUUAGGGUUCGGAGAGGAUGUGACUGCGCGGCCAGGAAGCUUCGGAAAAGUUCUGAUUAAAAUACACACACAAAGCCAGGUCCUCGCCCUGCUGGGCGAUGGGUCCCCAGCAGCCGCGGUGGGACUGGGCCGGGGGCCCUGCCGAGCGGCGGUUGCUCCCAAGCACAGGUCAAUGCCAUCCAUGACCAGCGUUGCUAGCAGGACCGGAACCAGCCUCUGACCCAUCCUGGCAGCCUGACUGACCCACCACAAAGACAGCGAGCGAGUCCUGCCAGCCCUGGGGUCCAGCCUGCUCAGCUGAGGAGCCGUGGAGCCAGGGGUGGCACCGUGCCCGGCUUGCCCGAGGCGGCCCUGGUCAGACCAUGGCAGGCGUCUGCGACAGGCCCCCCAACUUCCUCUCCCCUUCCGGAGACCAGACUCUGGGGCCUCCCCUGGGCAGUGUGGUCACGCUGAACUGCACGGCCUGGGUGGUCUCUACGCCCCAAUGUCCCCUGCUCCCAGUCCAGUGGCUAAAAGACGGGCAGCCGCUGGGCAACGGCAGCCAUUAUGACCUUCAUGAGGACUCCUGGGUCAAGGCCAACCUGUCAGAGGUGCUUGUAUCCAGUGUCCUGGGGGUCAACCUGACCAGUGCUGAGGACUACGGGGCCUUCACCUGCUCCGUCCAGAACGUCAGCUCCGCUUCCUUCACUCUCUGGAGAGCUGCCCCAGCAGGCCACUUGGCCGCCGUGCUGGCCUCACUGCUGGUCCUGCUGGCCCUGCUCCUGGCGGCCCUGCUCUACCUGAAGUGCCGACUCAACGUGCAGCUCUGGUACCAAAAUGCCUACGGGGAGGUGGAGAUGAACGACGGGAAGCUCUACGACGCCUACGUCUCCUACAGCGACAGCCCCGAUGAUCGCAAGUUCGUGAACUUCAUCCUGAAGCCGCAGCUGGAACGGUGUCGGGGCUACAAGCUCUUCCUGGACGACCGCGACCUCCUGCCGCGGGCAGGUGCGGGGCCACGUCCCCACCUUGGCCCCCAGACGCCUUCCUCCGAUUUUUGGAAAGAGCUACAGUUGGCGCUGCCGCGGAAGGUGCAGUACAGAGCGAUGGAGGGAGACCCCCAGACGCGGCUGCAGGAUGACAAGGACCCCAUGCUGAUCGUGCGGGGCCACGUCCCCGAGGGCCGGACCCUGGACCCCGAGCUGGACCCCGAUCCUGAGGGGGACCUGGGUGUCCGCGGGCCUGUCUUUGGGGAGCCGUCAGCUACGCCGCAUGCAAGCAGGGCCUCGCUGGGAGAGGGCCGGGGCAGCGAGGUGGACGUCUCGGACCUUGGCUCCCGGAACUACAGCGCCCGCACGGACUUCUACUGCCUGGUGUCCAAGGACGACAUGUAGCCGCCCCUCACCCCAUCCCCUGGGAGCCGGACCUGGAGCCCUGCCUGCUUGUGGCCCGGGGACCCCUGGGGGCGGGGGUGGCCCCAGUGCCCCUCCUUGUGCCAGAAAAUAAAGUCCUUUUGGACCCUA